AUGUUCAGCCCUUUUAGCCUUCACUUCAUAACGUUGAUGCGCGUCUUCUCAGCAAGGGACUACGAGGGGCACGGCAACGAUGGAGCUGUGCUGCUCAUCAAGAAGAAAAACGCAAAAGAGAAGCCCGGCAAUGCUGAAGGCAAUGCCGACGAGUUGCUAAUCGUGAGACCCCAGGUUCUAAGAUCUGUCAAGAAGCAGCGCAUGGAGGCUCGAAAGCACGCCAAUGAGGGCGACUCCAGCCAGGAAAUGAGGCCUGAAAGGCCUCCCACCCCGGCGACCAGGGGCGGGGUAGGCGGGGAAGGAUUCCCGAAGCUUGGGGCGGCACCGACCUCGCCAUCUCGAGGUGGGCAAAAGCAGCGUGCGCAGUCCUCGGCAAGAAAUCGUGCCAUGUCCUCCUAG